UUAUAGCCACCCAGCUAACACCAUCUCGUGCGCUCGUGGCCCUUGGAUUCAACUACCCCCGCGCCUUGAUAUUUGCAACUGCAAAUUUGUCUAUAUACAAAAUUUGUCUCCACGUUUUCUUGGAUAGUUAGUUGCUCACCCGAUCCUGUAUCCAUGGCGGCCGUGUCGGAGGUGGAGGUCGACGGCGUCGUGUUCCCGCCGGUGGCCCGCCCGCCGGGCUCCGGCCACGCCCACUUCCUCGCCGGCGCAGGUGUGAGGGGAGUGGAGAUCGCCGGCAACUUCAUCAAGUUCACGGCCAUCGGCGUGUACCUGGAGGAGGGCGCGGCCGUGCCGGCGCUGGCCAAGAAGUGGGCCGGCAAGUCCGCCGACGAGCUCGCCGCCGACGCCGCCUUCUUCCGCGACGUCGUCACCGGCGAUUUCGAGAAGUUCACGAGGGUGACGAUGAUCCUGCCGCUCACCGGCGAGCAGUACUCGGACAAGGUGACGGAGAACUGCGUCGCGGCGUGGAAGGCCGCCGGCGUGUACACGGACGCCGAGGGCGCGGCCGCGGACAAGUUCAAGGAGGCCUUCAAGCCCCACAGCUUCCCUCCGGGCGCGUCCAUCCUCUUCACCCACUCCCCGCCCGGCGUCCUCACCGUCGCGUUCUCCAAGGACUCGUCGGUGCCAGAGGGCGCCGUGGCGGCGGCGGCGAUCGAGAACAGGGCGCUCUGCGAGGCGGUGCUGGAUUCCAUCAUCGGCGAGCACGGGGUCUCGCCGGCGGCGAAGCGGAGCAUAGCGGCCCGCGUCUCGCAGCUCCUGAAGGCGGAAUCCACCGGCGACGUGGCGGCGGCGGAGCCCGCGCCGGUGUCCGCGUGAAAAUCGAGCUGCGAAUUAACCGCGCAUCUAAGAGCUCCUCCUACACUUCUUGUACACUUCUACUGCCCUCGUGUUUGACAAUGAAAUAAAAGGAAAGGAGAAAUCGCGGCUGUUCUUCCGUUCCA